AUGGGAACCCCUUGGAGCAGGAAUGGGGAGCUAAAUCAGAUAGUUGGAUUAAUUAAACCAAGUGCACUGUGUGAAGCUCUUGAGCAGAAGCAGAAGGUUCCCCUGAGCUUCUUGAAAAAAGAGAAAACGCAGGAAGAUAAGCAGAAAGAGCUGACGGAUAAAAUUCGCCAGCAGCAGGAGAAACUGGAGGCCUUACAGAAAACUACCCCGGUGCGUUCUCAUGCUGACCUGAAGAAGCUCCCUCUGGAGGUCACCGCGCAACCGAUGUUAGAGGUACGUCCCCUCCUGCCGCUGCUGUUUACAGAAUUGCCCUCCUCCGUUAGACCAGAAGUCAUCCAGUUUAGUCCUCUGCUUACAACGGCGGUUGGGGACCAGGACGUCAUUGAAUAA